UGACUAGAGAAGGAGAUACAUUUUUUGUUUAAACUUGGUGAAAAAGCGUCAGAGAUGCUUGUUUUAUUUGAAACAGCUGCUGGUUAUGCAAUAUUUAAAGUCCUCGACGAGUCAAAGCUCCAAGAGGUGGACAGUUUAUGGAAGGAGUUCGAAACGCCGGAGAAGGCCAACAAAGUAGUGAAGUUGAAGCACUUUGAGAAAUUCCAGGACACAACAGAGGCUUUGGCAGCGGCCACUGCCAUGACAGAAGGGAAAAUGGGGAAGAGUCUGAAGAAGAUCCUGAAGAAAGUGGUGGCUAAAGAAGCUCAUGAACAGCUGGCCAUCAGCGACGCUAAACUGGGAGGCGUGAUCAAGGAGAAGUUGAACCUGAGCUGCGUCCACAGCCCUGCGGUGGCUGAACUGAUGAGAGGGAUCAGGACACAGAUGGAGGCCCUGAUCACUGGCCUGCCCCCCCGGGAGAUCAGCGCCAUGUCUCUGGGACUGGCUCACAGUUUGUCCCGUUACAAGCUGAAGUUCAGCCCUGACAAAGUGGAUACCAUGAUAGUUCAAGCUAUCUCUCUACUAGAUGACCUGGACAAGGAGCUCAACAACUACAUCAUGCGCUGUAGGGAGUGGUACGGUUGGCACUUCCCCGAGGUGGGGAAGAUCAUCACAGACAACCUGGCCUACUGCAAGAGUGUCCGGAAGAUAGGGGCCCGUACCAACGUGGCCACCACGGACCUGUCCGAACAUCUACCUGAAGAGGUUGAGGCAGAGGUCAAACUGGCUGCAGAGAUCUCCAUGGGAACGGAGGUGUCAGAGGAGGACAUCGGUAACAUCAUGCACCUGUGUGACCAGGUGAUAGAGAUCACAGAGUACCGCACCCAGCUGUACGACUAUCUGAAGAACAGGAUGAUGGCUAUCGCUCCCAACCUGACUGUCAUGGUGGGGGAACUGGUGGGGGCGCGGCUCAUCUCCCACGCUGGGUCCCUGUUGAACCUGGCCAAGCACCCGGCCUCCACAGUCCAGAUCCUGGGAGCAGAGAAGGCCCUGUUCAGAGCCCUGAAGACCCGCAGGGACACGCCCAAAUAUGGUCUCAUCUACCACGCCUCUCUGGUGGGGCAGACCUCUGCCAAGAACAAGGGCAAGAUCUCCAGGAUGCUGGCAGCCAAAGCAUCUCUGGCGAUCCGCUACGAUGCCCUGGGAGAGGACACCAACGCUGAGAUGGGAGUUGAGAACCGUGCCAAGCUGGAGGCCAGACUACGCCACCUAGAGGAGAAGGGAAUCAGAAGAAUCAGUGGAACAGGCAAAGCCAUGGCCAAGUCUGACAAAUACCAACACAAGAGUGACGUGAAGGUGUACGACCCCUCCGGAGACUCCACCCUCCCCUCUGUUUCCAAGAAGAGGAAGUUUGAGGAGGUGGAGGAGGAAGAGGUGGUCACACCGGUGGCAGUCAAAACCAAGAAACCCAAGAGAGAACCUGUGGAAGAACCAGAGGCGUCAACGGCAGCAGAAGAAACUCCCAAGAAGAAGAAAAAGAAGGCGAGGAAAGCCGAGGCAGCGGAGGAGGCGAUGGACGUGAAGGAGGAGGAAGAGGAGGCCACAGUCUCUCCCACAGAGGAAUCAUCAAAGAAGAAGAAGAAGAAAAAGAAGAAGGUCAAGGAGGAAGAGGGAGAAUAAUCUGCUUCUGGUUGGGGAGAAACUGUAUUAUAUUAGGACUUUUAGUUGUCGUUGCACUACCAGGGCCCUGACUGUCAUGUAUUAGCCGUUUUAAAGGCUAGCGGAGAGAAGAACGGGAGACGGAGGUUAUUUCAGAAUGACCAGCAGCUGAUCUGAUAUGAUUAGGAAUGAGACUUAAUGAUCGUGUAAAAAUCCUACUGUGUGGAUUUGAGUUUAAAAAAGAUGACCCUUUUUUAGUAUACUGUAACCUAAAGAGCCAAUGGAUUGUAUACAAUAUCAGCUUGUCAAUGUUCAUGUUAAAACAUUUCAUUUCUCCACUGGUUUAACAACAUACCAUUUUUAAAAGCUGUUUUGAUGUCUGCUGUUUCCCACAAGUCUUUGUCCAUAAGUCAACUUCUGCUCUGGUGGAUUAAAUCCAUUUUCUCAGA